AUUUUCUUACAUUUCUAUAUAAACUCCAUAAACCAAAUCGUAAACCCUAGAGCCGGUUUGUUCCUCUGCGCAGGAAUUCGGAAUAUUUGACAGGUAGAGUUUCUUCAAUGGCUCCCGCUAAAGUUGAUAGUUCUAAGAAGGGUGAUCCAAAGGCACAGGCCUUGAAAACUGCUAAGGCAGUUAAGUCUGGACCUACCUUUAAGAAAAAGGCGAAGAAGAUCCGAACUUCUGUGACUUUCCACAGGCCAAAGACAUUGAAGAAGGACAGGAACCCUAAGUACCCUCGCAUUAGUGCGCCACCAAGGAACAAGCUUGAUCAUUAUCAGAUCCUGAAGUUCCCUCUUACUACUGAGUCUGCUAUGAAGAAGAUUGAGGACAACAACACCUUGGUUUUCAUUGUUGACCUACGUGCAGACAAGAAGAAGAUCAAGGAUGCAGUGAAGAAAAUGUAUGACAUCCAGGCCAAGAAAGUUAACACCUUGAUCAGGCCUGAUGGCACCAAGAAGGCUUAUGUCAGGUUGACCCCUGAUUACGAUGCUUUGGACGUGGCAAACAAGAUCGGCAUCAUCUAAGAUAGUACAUGGGUUUUAUUAAAUGUUAGGCAGUUCUAUGGUGAUUCUUGACGGUAACUUUUCAAAAAAGGAUAGGUUCUAUAUUUCGGGUUUUUUUAUUUUGUAUCUUUUGGUUCAGUUGACACUAAGCAAACACCGUGUUUCAAUUUUGACUCUUAAAUUGAUGCUUGAAAUGAGCAUGUUAAAAUUUUAUAA